AUGAAGUGUCAUCACGAUGCAAUAGAGAAAAGGAGGGACAGUAUCCAGAUUGCUGCUCAGCUUCUUGGUAAAUCCAAAAAGAUUCUAGAGAUCCUCGAAGAUCGCCAACUUCCAAAUUUAGAUUUAGACUCGAUGGCCUAUAUCAAUAAGUGGCUAGCUUUGCCAAAUAGUCAAAUACCUAACCGUUGUACUUCUUCAACCAGAGUUCAGCUUACUUCUUCAAGAUCUAGUGAAUUGCACAUGGUCCUCAAGGAAUGGUUGGAUUGUCUUCAACCAUGGCCAACAAUGAAGAUUCCACCGCCACUUCCAAAUUGUCUUCAAUAUAUAAAUCCAUGGUCGCCGAUCGGAAUGAGGUGGACCGUGGAUGAACCCGAACCCAACAAACAAACAACGACUUCCAAUAUCAACCAUAACUCAAACAUUCAAGCUAAUUCUGAUUAUUUACCUGCAAGCAUCAUGAUGGAACCCAUGGAUGUCAUGCCAUGGGUCGGGCUGUAUAUUUGUGCAGCAUCUUUAUUCUGUACUCUUGCAAUGGCAGCAGACGUAUUUAAUGGCUUUAUUAUAGGGAAACUGUGGUUUCCAUGCAGGUUUUUCACAAUCAAUGCGGUUUCUAUCACGGUGAUUGCCAUAGCAAUGAAGCUACCAGUAGAUCUAAGCGCAAACACGGAGGAUGACAGUAAUGCGAGGUUUGUCAGCAUUUUGUUCUUGGUCACCAUGGUAGCCAAUUUCCUUCCUUCUUUGGGGCUUAUGGGUGACAAAGAACUUCUCAUUAACAUAAUUGCCUUGGGUAUUCUAUUAAUCACCAUACUUGUUAAUAUAUGGAUCCUAGCUUUUUCAUGGGCGAUGAGGAGUUUUGCUGCAGGUAUAUUCAUAUUACCUUGUCUGUUGGCAUUUCCGGUAGCUUUGACAGUUCCAGCAAACAGAAGAAACUUUGAACUACAAUACAAGGAGUUGCGCGGUUUGGCUUCAAGUCACGAGGAGAUUAAUUUUUCUUACCAGGAGCUUGUUAUUUAUGUUAAAAUGUAUUGGAUGAUGGCAGAGACGGGUAACCCCCAAUUUGUGAUAGCUUGUUCGCAGAUUUCUUCUACUUUGGGGGUUUUAUGUUUAGCCACCACCACAGGUGCCAUCUCUCUGUUUUCUUAUGUACGAUAUAUUGAUGGAUCAUCUGAUUAUAAGUGGUCAAUUAAGAUUAUUUAUUCUAUGCAAUUAGUUGGAGUUUUGGUAGGUGGUUUAGCACCAAUUUUUAGAUGUUUCACGAUCAUCAGUUAUUUCAAGCCCUCUAAGAAAUGGAGCAAGAACCAUCUAAACGUGUUUAAAGUUGAGAAACAUUGGAUAGAAAGACUUGAGCAGUGGAAGCGCAUAUAUGUCCGUUCACAUAUUCCAGGUCGUCAUUGCAAAAAGGUUUUCCAUAUGGUCAAAAACAUGAUUUUGAACAUUUGUAUUGCACUUCAAAUAGUGGUUGCAGUCAUAUGUAAAACAGUGUGCCUUGUUCCUAGAUGUUUCCUGAUCUUAUUUUCUUGUUGUUGGUACUUCUGUAAAUCUUUAAUGAAAAGGUUUAAAUGGGGAUCAAAAGCAUCCAGGGACUAUGUACCUAAAGAAGAGGUUGAAAAAUAUAGUAAGUAUGUUCUGCUAGCUGAAGAAGCGGCGGAGCUUUCAGAGAGAAUAUUGACAAAUAUACUUGAAUCUAUAAGUAAACUUAUUAAAGUAUCUACAGAGACAGAGCCAAGAAAUCUUAUGAAGCUUCUGGAUUAUUCCAUAGGAUUUAAUGGAAUAGUAGAGUUCGAUGAUGAUGAAGUCCCACCUCUAUAUCCUGAUGAAACCCAGAAUUGUUGGAGCCUAGUAGCGGUAACGUUAACGACUAUCGCAAUUGCACUUCCUGGCAUUUCAAAUAGCCAUGUCAAAGAAUUACUUGCUAGUAUGCGGGAAGGACUCCAAAUCGUAAGAAAUAUUGAAGAAACCCUCAAUGAAAAUGCUGACUUGGUAGAUGCGAGAAAAGCAGCUAGACGUUUGUGGACAGAAGUUGAGUUAUACAACAAGUGGCUACAUAUUGAUCUUCAAAAGAAGUUUAGCAAGUCAAAAUCAACAAAACAGAUUCUUCAAUGGUUGGGUGAUGAAGCAGUCAAAAAUGUGAUAGAGUUUAAGAGCUUCAAAAACGGAAGUUUGAACCACUCUGUUCAUAAUUUUAUUGCUUCCAGUUCCAUGUAUAGAAUUAGUCAAACCAUACUACUCCACUGCAGGAAGCAAGAAAAUUGGCCAAAUGAUGCGGAACUUUUUGAGUGGAUAUCAACAAUAAUUGCAGAUCUAUUCUGUGCUUGCUUUACCAACUUACCACGUGUCAUAAAAAUAAAGUGUCAUCACGAUGCAAUAGAGAAAAGGAGGGACAGUAUCCAGAUUGCUGCUCAGCUUCUUGGUAAAUCCAAAAAGAUUCUAGAGAUCCUCGAAGAUCGCCAACUUCCAAAUUUAGAUUUAGACUCGAUGGCCUAUAUCAAUAAGUGGCGUGCUUUGCCAAAUAGUCAGACAAUUAGACGUUGUACUUCUUCAACCAAAGUCCAACUUACUUCUUCGAGUGAAUUGCUCAUGGUAACUGUCGUGUAA